CCAAUUCCGUCCCGUCCUGUCCCAAAUAAGACGGAUUCAACAAUGGCGCCCAAUCCGUCAUGGAUCGUUGUUAAAUGUCAAUCGGGAAAAGAAAUUUUAAAAUAGUGGCAGAUCGGAAGUAUUUUUUUUAUAAAAAUGGCUGCGAAAGAGCCUGCUACUAUCGAUGAUGGGAUUCCCGAGCCAGGUAUUGAACCUGGUGCUUCUGCGGAAACGAUGCUCGUCACUACCGACAGUUUUGAGGAGUAUGAGCAGGAGAUGAGCAAUAGUAUUGACGAUAGACAAAUGAAAGAAAGCACAACGAGCACUAUCUCAGAGAUACAAGAAGAUGUGCAAGACAUUCCAACUACGCCCACUACGUCCAGUUCACGGGAACUUCAAAAAACAAAUUCGCUUGAUGAUUCCGAAUUAGAUGAUGUUACACAACGAUUAGGUCAAAGUAGCCUUGAUUCAGACCCUUUACGUUGUAAAACAUGGUUAGCACAAAAAAAACAUGUAUUUAUUUUAAGCCAAGCAGGGAAACCCAUAUACUCUAGAUAUAGUUCAGAAGAUAAACUAGUCACAGUUAUGGGUGUCAUGCAGGCUCUAGUUUCAUUUGUCCAAGCAGGCAGUGACAUGAUUAGAUCUGUUCAUGCAGGAGAUACUAACUUUGUAUUUGUUGUUAAAGGUCCAUUAAUUUUAGUUGCAGUCUCAAAAACGCUUGAAAGCGUACCUCAACUUACAUUACAAUUAACAUAUGUAUAUAAUCAAAUAAUCUCUGUGUUAACCCAGUCACAGUUAACUAGAGUAUAUGAUCAACGUAGAAAUUUUGACUUAAGAAGAUUGUUAACUGGUAGUGAAAGACUGAUAGAUCACUUAUUAAAUUUUAUGGACAGAGAACCAGCAUUUUUUCUAGGAGCUAUUAAAUGUUUACCUUUACUCCCCUCAAUGAGAAGUUCUAUCACGCAAACUAUCAUUCAAACAUGCGGUAAAAUAAAGAAUUUAGUAUUUGCAAUACUACUAGCUAAUAAUCAAUUGGUAACAUUAGUCAGAAUGAACAAAUUUUUUUUACAUCCUGUGGAUUUACAUAUAAUACAAAAUUUGGUCGACAGUUCAGAGUCACUUAAGACUGCUGAGAGCUGGACACCGAUAUGUCUACCAAAGUUUGAUGCCAAUGGGUAUAUGCAUGGACAUGUAUCAUAUUUGGCUGAAGAUUGUCAGGCAUGCUUAUUGUUGCUCACAGUUGAUAGAGAUGUGUUCUUUGUUCUUUCUGAAGCAAAACAAAAAAUUGUAGAAAAAUUAAGGCGAACGAAUUGUUUAGAAGCAAUUAAUGAGUCCAUGAAUAAACUACCGAUUAAAACUGCUGACAUUGGAUUGCCAGAAAUGCGGCAUGUUUUAUAUAAGUGUAGAAGCACGGCACAAUUUUGGAGUCCUGGAUUUCAACCUCCGUAUACAACAGACGAAGAAAUAGAACGAUUAUUGGGGCUUUAUCAAUGUUUACACCACAGGCUACACAGUCCCAAUCGACCAUUGAAGCUUAUAUUUCAGCAAUUAGAUAAAGAAACCAUGUUAGCAUGGGUAACACUAGGUUUUGAAUUAUAUGUUACGUUUGAACCACUUGUAACAAAACCUGAUGCAAUUGAGGCAGUGAGUAAAUUGUUAAAGUGGAUAAAAAAAGAGGAAGAAAGAUUAUUUAUUUUAAAUUCACCCACAUUUUAAAAGUCGAUAUAAUCAGUUUUAAAAAGACACAAAAGUGUUUAUCUGAUGGAUAUAAUUUGAAUUGACAUGAGAUGCAUCGUUUGGUAAUUGUUUACAUUGAUUUGAUGAACUAUAAAUCGUUAAGGAAAAAUUACUGCAUUCAAGAUAGAUGCAUUCGCGUGUUUUUCAUGCAUUGAUAGUACUUUGCUCACUGUUUUUUAAUUAUAAAAGGUACUGUAAAGGUACAUAUGUAUGUAUAUAUUUAAAGACAUUACGCAUGUAGAGUACAUUUAUAGACAGGCUAUGACAUUCUCAACUUAUUUUAUUACAUGGUGCUUGAGAAAACUUGUCAUUGUGUUGUUAAAAAUAGAUUACUUACAAUACAGUAUCUUUUUAUAUCAUUUAACAAGCAAAUCGUAACUUUACAAAUCGUGGAACAGUUCUUUGUUAACAAUCACAGUGAUAAAUUUUCUCUGAAAUUUUGUAAAUAAGAAUAAAAGCAACAGCCAUCGUUUCAUGACCUUAUUAAGUCAAAAGUAAUGAUUCCAGGUAGAACGAAUAGUAUAACGUUAAAAAGGAACAAAUACGUUCACUUACAACAUGUAAUGUACGGGUAUUAUAAGCUACUGUGUAGCGUUUAUAUCGAUAAAUGCUAUAAUUUUAAUACAAAACUAUUCCUUGUAUAUGUUACACACUGCUGUUAAUCGCGAUCGAAGUGCGGUAUAUACGAUAAAAAGAAUUCAAGAGCUGUAUCA